AUGCCCCGCACCGCCUUAAUAGCGUUCGCACGGCACUCUCUGCGUCAUCACCACCUCCUGCGCCAUCCCGCAUCCACCGUCUCCCACCACCACGCCUUCGCCACGACACCUCGCCCCUUUUCCAUGUCGUCCAGCCGCGCCGCAUCUUCUUCGUCGUCGUCGUCAUCCAAAGACGGCCCUGCCGACCACCCGCAACACCCGCAAGGCCUGCCCGCGCCGGGCGACGCCGCCGGCUCCGACCCCAUCACGCUCGACGUUAGCGGCGAGGGGUCAACGGUCAAGCUCGCCGCUCUGGGUCCGCUCGUCGUCAACGUCGACGGCACCGUGGCGCGCAUCGCCAACUGGAAGGAGAUGACGGCCGUGGAACGCGAGACGACGGUCCGCAUGGUGGGCAGGCGCAACGAGAAGCGCCUGGACGCGCUCAGGAAGCAAAAGGAAGAGGAGCAGGGAAGCGGCGGCGGCGGCGAGCAGUAA